CUUCAAAGCCCGUCCCGAGAGACGGCCCCCUGCUCGUUUUCGUGCCCUGUGCCCUGCUCCCAGACUACGACUGCGCUACUGCACUGCGACCGCUGCAUCUCGCACUUGCGCCGGUUUUGUCUUCCAUCUGCUUAUACUUGUCCUCCCCAUCGCAUCUUCCACGUCUUUCAACAUACCCGACCUGCUACACGUUCUCACCCUCAAUCCGACAGAGUUUGGCCCUGUACACCCUCCCCAUACGCUCGACUUCCAUAUGGACUGACCUCGAGUGCCGGUCGAGUCCACAUUCUUCAAACUCGACACGUUCUUUACCGUAGUGAUCGUCCCGAGGUCUGGAAUUGCGUCACAAGCCGAUCCCAGCAAAUUCCCACCGUUUGCAGUCAACGCCGUACGGGUAUCUACCGACUCCAGCGGUGCCUGCCCCCUACAUCAAGUCCCUGCGGGCCUGUUCUCUCGAAAUCAAACCCUUCCUCUCCAUUAUCUGGUCCUCCCUCUGUGCCAGAAAGCGAAAACCGUUCUUUGAAUAUGCCUUCGCGCUUAAGUGCGCCCGUCCUGUCGUUGGACGCAGGCAAAAUACAUGAGAUUGACCCUUCUAAUGCGUGCAGUCUGAUGGCAAUGUGGUCCAUCUUCGCCAAAUGCUCCGAAUCAUUAAAAGACGGUCCACGAUUAGAGAACAUGAGUUGGCGAGUGUGGUCGCGCGAGUCGUUGUGCGUUGCUGGCGUUGACUCGCCCCCGGCAAGAUCAAGCCAAGUGCCGUCCUUGUCCAAUUCCUACUCUUCAGACGACAGUAUGAGCGACAAGGUCUCCUGUCGCGGCAACUCACGAUCUAGAUCGUUCGGCGGUCACGAUGAUAACGCCAAUUCUCUCUCAAAGUCACGACACCUGACUCCCAGCGUGCUCGAAAAGAUUGUUGUCACGAUACAAGAGAAGACCGAACUAUGUCCUUUAUCUCCUUCUAUUGAAGCCAGUCUGGAGGCCUUGCCCACUACGUCUCAACCCCAACCUCAACCCCAACCCCAAGCCGUCCCUAACGCCGAACCUACUGUUGAAGCCGAGAGUAAGCGUCUGCGAGACUCGACCGAUUCCUGCAUUUCCAAUACCACAACCGUAACCACCGCGAGCACGGCUCAUCAAAGUCAACAUCGCGACUCUGACACUUCAGUCUCCUCAGACGGUCUCGCCCGAAGUCAGUCGAUUGUCCAUGGAUUCUCACCCGCCGCCACGUCCUCGUUCCGAAAGUCGAGUGUUGGUGUUCAGCCCACACCCCCUUCCAGGCUUGUCCCGAAAGGCAAAGCCCCGAUCAAACCGGCCAUGUUUACAUUAGGAGGUUCUUCGGAGGAUGACGAGUCGUCUUUUGAACAGAGAGUGCUUGCCCAAAGACUCGCCCCCCAACCACAAAAGAGCUCCUUGUCUCAGAGUUUAAGCAAACAAAAUCUUGCAGACGCUCCUAGGGCACAAAUGCAGCCGCAGCAACCUAAACGGACGUCAUUCCGGGACAUCAUCGCCGCACGAAGAAUACAGGAAGACGCAGAGAACGAUGAGGGCGCCAUUGCAAGCAGUGACGAAGAAGAAGACACGGAUGAAGCUAUCGAGUCCGCGAUCGAUGAAGACGAAGAUGGCGAUGAGUGGGAAGAUUCCAAUUCAGAUGAUGGAAGGGCGGCACCAGAGCCAAACCUUUUCCGCAGAGUCGAAAGCCGACCCGACUUGGUCUCACGGCGGUCAAUGUUGACGCUUGCCCUCAACAAAGGUCAAGGAGCGAUGAACUAUGCGUACUCGCAACCUGUCCUACAUCGACCUGGUGUGACAUCUCCAAAGGGCAAGUCUGCCGCAGGCUCACCCGAAGAGGACGAUGGCAUGAUGAUGCAAACGUCCAAGAGGCCACCCAUCGCUAUUUCCCCUCCCAAAGCAUCCGCAAAGGCGGUGGCACAUUCGCCGCGAACCACGAGACGCAAUAUGCUGGCCACCGAGUUGACCGAAUCUUUACGUAAAAAUCUCCUUUGGGAGAGACAACAGAAGUCUCAGACGGCAAAUGCUUUCCUCAAAAGAAGCCGGAAUGCUCAAAGCAUGGCGAAUCUUCAGAGACAUGCCAACUCGGCGGCCGGUCCUUCUCAACCACCCCCGCCCCAAGAAACGUCCAAGAACAACUCUUGGAACCACUAUUUUGACAAUCCCUGGGAGUACCAUGCCAAAGGCUGGUAGAAGACUUGACCCUGGGGGCGGACAUUGUUUUUGUUCGAUUUGUGUUUUAGUUUGCUUGCGUUCAGAGCGGAAUGAUGCUGCUUAAUUUCACGCGUUUCAUGACCCUACUGUCCAGCUCACAUUUCGGGCCGAGCUGGACAUCGGCGCCAUAUGGUCAGGCAUCCGGGACUUCCGACUGAUCAGGUGCAUUCGGGACUUUUCGUUGCUCUGUAUAGCGAUGCGGGUAAUUGGGGAGUCGGGGCUGGCGAGAGGCCUAAAAGUCAAAAAAGACUUGGUUCUAAUGCAUGUUACGGCCACGGUCUUUGAAGAAUUGCGGAUAGCAGAGCCUUGUGAGAGAGGCCACGAAGCCGAUGGACGGACUGGACUGGACUGGACUGAAUUUGAGCUGUCUUUUUCCAUACCCAUCUUGCGCCAUGUACCAUUAUCACGACAUUAUGGGUGAAUACCUUGAGCUACGUGAAUAGUUUCUUGGUGGCGGUUGCUGUGAUGCUGAGAGAAAUAAGCUUUGUACGAAUAAUUAAGAGCUAUCGAUACUGAAGAUGCCAUGCCGCCGUCAUCAAUUAUUCUGGUCGAUGGCAACAUUUAAAUCACGAUUUUCUGAGCACUUCAAUA